AGAGAUGGGGAGGAGGAUACUGAACGAAGCGUUGAGAGCGAUGGUGAAUGCAGAGCGGAGAAGAAAAGCAACGGUGGAGUUGAAGCCCAUAUCCACUGUCAUGUCUUCUUUUCUAAAGAUCAUGAAAGAUCGAGGGUACAUCAAGAAUUUUCAGGUCUAUGAUCCACACAGGGUGGGGAGGAUAACAGUUGAACUGCAAGGCAGGAUUAAUGAUUGUCGGGCACUCACUUACAGGCAGGAUAUCAAGGCAAGGGAUAUUGAAGGGUACAGAGUGCGAAUGCUUCCAACACAUCAGUGGGGUUAUGUUGUAAUCACAACACCAGAUGGUGUUUUGGAUCAUGAAGAAGCUAUUAAAAGGAAUGUGGGUGGACAGGUUCUGGGUUAUUUCCAUUAGACCCAAACCUUGUCUAUGCAGGCAAGAACUGUUUGUUAUCUUCCUUCUAAUUCAGUCUAUCUAAAUUUUUUAUGUACCAAUGAAGGAGAUGAUGGACAAGCUUCUGUUUCUUCCUCUUCAUAAGUUUGUUGUUUGUUCAGUUAUGGAACUAGGACAUAUCAAAUUAGAUCUAUGCAGAACAUUUGGUCCUAUUGUUUCAGAAAAUAUUUCUUAAUUUGACAGUUCAUAGAUGCUGAACCUGUAAUCCAUUCUCAAUUUAUGAUUGUACUUCAUAUGGUUUGCAUCCAAA